AUGGAUGAGAGGUUCAACAAGUGGCUGCUGACGCCCGUGCUCACGCUGCUCUUCGUGGUCAUCAUGUACCAGUACGUGUCCCCCUCCUGCUCCAGCUCCUGCGCCAACUUCGGGGAGCAGCCCCGCGCCGCCGACACCGGCCCGCCCGCCGCCCCGGGGCCCGCCCGCCGCGCGCCCGCGCCGCCCGAGGAGUGGGCGCGCCGGCCCCAGCUGCCCCCGCCGCCCCGGGGGCCGCCCGAGGGGCUUCGGGGGCCGGCGCCCGAGGACGAGGACGAGGAGCCCGCGGACCCCGAGGAGGAGGAGGAGGGCGAGGAAGAGGAGCCGGACCCCGAGGCCCCCGAGAACGGCUCCCUGCCCCGCUUCGUGCCGCGCUUCAACUUCACCCCGAAGGACCUGACCCGCUUCGUGGACUUCAACAUCAAGGGGCGCGACGUGAUCGUGUUCCUGCACAUCCAGAAGACCGGGGGCACCACGUUCGGCCGGCACCUGGUGAAGAACAUCCGGCUGGAGCAGCCGUGCAGCUGCAAGGCGGGGCAGAAGAAGUGCACCUGCCACCGGCCCGGCAAGAAGGAGACGUGGCUCUUCUCGCGCUUCUCCACCGGCUGGAGCUGCGGGCUGCACGCCGACUGGACGGAGCUCACCAACUGCGUGCCGGCCAUCAUGGAGAAGAAGGACUGUCCCCGCAACCACAGCCACGCCAGGAAUUUCUACUAUAUCACAAUGUUGCGGGAUCCAGUGUCACGAUACCUGAGCGAGUGGAAACACGUCCAGAGGGGGGCCACGUGGAAAACCUCCCUCCACAUGUGCGAUGGGAGAAGCCCCACACCCGAUGAGCUGCCCACCUGCUACCCCGGGGACGACUGGUCUGGGGUCAGCUUGCGGGAGUUCAUGGACUGCGCCUACAACCUGGCCAACAACCGCCAGGUGCGCAUGCUGGCGGACCUCAGCCUGGUGGGCUGCUACAACCUGACUUUCAUGAAUGAGAGUGAACGGAACACCAUCUUGUUGCAGAGCGCGAAAAACAAUCUGAAGAACAUGGCCUUCUUCGGGCUCACGGAAUUCCAGAGGAAGACACAGUUUCUCUUCGAGAGGACAUUCAACCUCAAGUUCAUUUCUCCCUUCACACAGUUCAAUAUCACACGGGCUUCCAACGUGGAGAUCAACGAGGGCGCCCGCCAACGCAUCGAGGAACUGAACUUUCUGGACAUGCAGCUGUAUGAGUAUGCGAAGGACCUCUUCCAGCAGCGCUACCACCACACCAAGCAGGUGGAGCACCAGAGGGACCGGCAGAAGAGGCGGGAGGAGCGGAGGCUGCAGAGGGAACAGCGGGGCCACCAGUGGCCCAAGGAGGACGGGAGCCCAGAGGGAGCAGUCACUGAGGACUACAACAGCCAGGUGGUGAGAUGGUGACCCCCUGGCCUUGCCUCCCUCCAGGGGGGCGGCUGGACAGGCACACCUGUGACCUUGGAGAACGUUGGACCCUUCUGAGGAUGCCUUGGUGUAUAUGGCUGGAUUUAGACACCUGCUUUCUCUUUGCCGUCAUAUUUAUCCAGCUGGAGAUGAUCUAUCUUGCUCCUUUCCUCCUGGUAUUUUCACUCGGUGAUAUUAAGUAGACUAGGAGUGCACCCAAUAUAGACCAGUUUACAUGGUCCAGGAAAGAAGCACCCAGAAAGGAGCCCUUGGGAUCUCACAGCAGCCUAGGUUAUGCUGGGGCGCCUGGACCCCGCAGAGGCACACGUGGAAAGCACACUAUGGCUUGGUUGCUCAGCUGGAGCUGGUCUGCUUCAUCCUGUCUCUGUAAUGGUGGCAUGUCAUUUAAAGAGAGACAGAGGCCUUUCAGCCUUGGCUGAGGUUUCAUAUUAACCCUCGCUUAGCUGUUGGUUCUCCCCUUUGAACCGUAUUUGAAUGUGGUUUAAAUCACGAGUAUCGUGUUUUGUGUUGAGGAUGUUUUUAAGCAAAAUCACUUGACUAUUGCCCAUCAGUACAGGUUGUCAUCUGGCAAAGCCCCUGCAUCUAGCCCUGAGCUCUGCUCCCCUCAUCACUAUCUUUCAGGGAACAGCAAGCAGAUUUAAGACAAGCAGAUUUAAGCCUGAGGCUCCUGAGAAAUGAACUUUGGUGAGGGCAUUUGGGGAAAUCUUGCUUGUUAACUUAUGCCUCGGAGGGCACGUUUUACCACUUGUUAUUUUCAAUGCAAGGAAUGAAUGACAAAUUAAGAGGUGAAAAGCAGGAGGUAAACACUGUCUAACAUUCCCAAACCUGCUACAGAACCUUCUUUUGUAAAGGAACCUUAGAGUUUUACCUUUUGGAAACAGUUCUCUGAUAUAUAAUCGUCAGUUUUGAAAUGUGAUCACAGAAGAAAAGGCAUUUAGGAAGAAUUUGACCAGAAGAAUAGGAGCUUCCCUAGCAUGUCUACAAAAUAUAUUCUAGGUCCUUAAACAAAUAACUCUGGUUUAGGUCAGGAGACAUGGAACUCGCUGGGACAGCUCUCCCAGGAGUUUAGAGAGACUCAGUUUCCCAAUAUCUUGACUCUCUCCUGCUAGAGAGUUUAAUUUCUCUCCACCUGGCCUUUCCCUGGUGUUUAUGGUGGCUGCAGCCAGUCAAUCAGGCUAGAGUGCAGAAAACUCGACCAAAACAUGCACUGCAUCGUGUCAAUGCUGCUUAUUUUUUCACCAUUCUCCAGUGCAGCUACCAGAAAACCAGGUUUUCAGAUAAUCAGGGGAGAAGUCAGGAAGAAGGAACGGGAGUCCCUUGCCCAGUAUUCAGCAGGAGGAUCAGAGUGAGUAGAAAGUUUCACAACAGAUUGAUUGAAUCAAUCCCUUUAAGGAAGGAUUGAGCAAAAUGAGAGAAACCCCUAAAUCAGAUUGAAAAGCCUAUUGCAUUGAUAUCCGACAUGUUUGAUGUUUAAGCCAGCUUUACAUAAGCCACAUCUCAGCUUCUGGAAUACCCUCUCUGGGGCUGAGAGAAUCGGCCCCAGAUUCAUGCAGGAGCCGCCUGCAUGGAGGUGCCUGCCCUGUGUCUCCAUCCUAGAUCUGGAGAAGCACCUUAGCGCUGGUCUUACUGGCACAGGUUUCAUCUGCCACAUGCCAGAAGGUGUUAUGGGAGAUUUCGCUGGUGCCUGGCAUGUGGGAGGCCCUUUUCAAGGUAGAUAUGACCCUUCCCAGUUUCAUAGAUGAGAAAAGUGAAACCGUCAGACAAUCAGCAGCUUCCAUCUGCCUGUGGAGCUCUUUUCAGUCCAUCGUGUUCUCCAUACGGGGUAAAAGCCUCCCGCCAAUCAUGCAGGAAGACAGCAGUUAUUGCCCAGAGGGGUUGAUCCAUAACCCCGGUGGUGACACAACUGGGACAGCCCCAAGCCAGCAGUGACCCAGGGCAGUCCUGUCCACAUCACCAGCCCAUCAACAAGCCAAGACACUGCUGACUUUUUAAGCAGUGGGACUUUAGAGCCACUUAGAAGGAUGACUUUACCAGGUCAAGUCAAUUAGUUGAUAGAGAUGAGGAUCACAAAAAUGCUAGUGUUUCCUUUUCUGAAGAUUUAUUCCCGAGGUAGGGAGAGAAGGAGCAUGGCGGCUGAGGUUAAGGAGCAGCUCUCAUUCAGUCUUCAGGUUCCAGUGAGGAUCUAAUGUUCUGCCUACAGUGCAUGCCUGCCACCGUGAAUCAUACAUACAUGCACAUGUGCACACGCACAUGAGCACGCAAUAACAACCCAGUGCUUUAUCAUGUGGAAAAUCAAAACAAGGAAGAAAGCAAUCAGAUCAUUUCUUUUAAAUUCACUGGACAUCUUUGUCAGGGUGUGCGUGCCUGGCUGAGUCCUGGAGGCAGCCUCAGCUAACUUCACACAGUUCCUUGGCACCUCGGGAUUUCUAUCAAAAGGCUUCCACAGCCUUGCUGCUGAAGGUGUGACGUAUGGGCUGCACUUGAGACCAGAUAUCAUGAUUUUCAGAGUAGAAACCAUCUCUUUGUGUUAGCCUGAGGCCAGUGCUGAGCAAAUUAAAAAGAACGACACGGCUUUCUUCCCUCAUAUCGUUUCAUUCUAAGAAGCAUGCUUGUCAUAUCCCGGGGUCCUGUGUUGAUGGAAAUGGAGAUGUGGGAACACAGUUUUCUCUCCAAGAAUUGAUUGCACACCCCUACACUGAGUGAAGGGUGCGAGCAGAAGUCCUCUGGGCUGAGGGCUCCAUGGGAGGUCAGCAGCCUUAAGAUCCCAAACCAAAUCAACUCCAGAUUUGUUAGUGUUCAAAGCUCAGAAUGAACCACCCCACCCCCAAAACACCAAAAAUUCCCCAGGGAGUUCCCCAUCCCAUUACUCUUACCCCUUGAGUAGACUUUCCUUUCCUUCUUGGGCAGCCCCAAUAACCAGCUUGGGCUGAGGUGUCCUUGUGUGUAUGUGUAUGUGUGUGUGUGUAUGUGUAUCUGUGCAGGUUUAAUUUAUUAUUAGUGACUAAGAGACAAUAUUAUCUUUUCUCUCUACUUCGAAAUUUUCUUGGCAGCCUCCCCUUGGCAACUAGAGAUAGAAUGAUGUGGAUAACUUCCAGUAAUUGAUGACAUUAGCAGUCAGUGUUGGCCAACUGUUAAGAAUAUCAUGUAUGAUAUUGAAAAAUUAUAAAAAUGUGUUUCUUAGUACCUAAAGGACAUAAGUUUGUCAUAUAUAAUUUGAUCAGAAGUCUAUAAUAUAAGGACUUAUUUCAAAAUCUGAGCAGAGAUAGUAUUAAUAUACAGAAGAAUGUCAGCCAGUCCUUGCAAGGAGUUGAGCACAGAUGGUUAAAAAAUACAGUCUUUUGAAAGGGAUUCCCUUUGGCUCCUUUAACAAAGAAACUCAACAGUGACUUCACUGAGAUCGAAGCUCUUGCUCUCUCACUUAAAAGGCAAACUGGUGUGGUAUCGCUCUGCUGCCUGAAGUCUCCAGAAAGCAGGUCCUCUCCUUGCCCUGCAGCUUCUACCUCCUGGCCAGAGAUGACUGCUGGGUUCCUGCCAUCUCAUUUACAUUUAAGACAGCAGAGAGGAAGUGGAAGGAAGUUGUAUGUAUCACUUCCAGCCACAGCUCAUGGGCCAGUACCUAGGCGUGAGCUACAUGUAGCUGCAAAGAACGUCAGGGGGGGUCUUUAUCACUGGUUGUCAUGUGCCUUGAUAAAUAGGAGGGCUCUAUUAUUAAAGAAACAAAUGUGAAAAUGAAUACUGAUAAUAACGAUCAGUCUCUGACACAGAAGGGAAUUGAAAAAUAUUUCAAGUGCUUUUCAGUGUCAUUUGUUUCAUCCGAUGUUUUGCAAAGGAUACGAUUUAAAUUCAUAACUUUGUAUAGUACUUACUGCUUUUCAAAAUAUUUGUACAUUGAUCUCUUACUUGAUCGUCCCUACACUCUAGCAUAUUAAGUAGGAUCUCUAUUCAUUAUCUUACUUGAUAGUUUGACGUGGAGAUUCAGAGAUGUUGAAAGAUUUCCCAGAGAUUCUAGUUUAUUAACAAGAAAGUUGCCAGAGCCCCAGUGUCCUUUUCUGUUAUUCUGCUCAGCGUAGUGUUGGGACCGCAAAUUGCAAGACUAUGAAAUCUAAAUCUUUUUUGAUUUCAUCUUCCUUUCCCUUCUUCUGGAACUUAGAAUACACCAACGGGGCUGGUGGAGUUGUCUCUCCAUCCCCUUUUCCAGGGAGGAGGCCUCUUCUGAGGACUGACUGUCCUGAGACACGGAGUGUCGCAGGGAAUUCUAGAAACACUGCCCUCAUCAGCGCUGGCUGAUGUUUACACCACCCAGUCCAGAAACUACUCCAGAGCAAGGCUGAGGGAAUGUGCUCACGGCUCCUGAGGGAAGCUGAGUGUUAGAAAAAUUUAGAAUCAGUUGCAGCCUGAAUAGUGACGCUUAAAGGGUGAUCAAUAGCACCCCUGUUCACAGACUCUGCCCUCCUCUCUACUCCUUCCCCAGGCCCCUGGAACUAGAUCAGCAACUUAUUACUUUGGUUCUAAAAGGUUAUUUUUGGUCUUCAAUGAGUCCCUUUGCACAUUUGCCAGGGAGGGGACAUGCUGUAAGCUGUCAUAAGCUAACACCCUCACUCAGAGUUUCUGUGAUUCCUUUCUAGCCAGAACCUCUAGCAGAGAAGGAGCUCCCGCACAACGGGGGCCACCCAGAGGUGGGGCAUGGGGAGAGUAGGAGCUUCUAAGGGGGAAGCAGAUCUUUCAAAGUUGGAAAGAUGAGGAAUUAAAUAUGUGCCCGACAACACUGGCAAAUCAAAAAAUGUCUAAUACAGUUUCUGUCCUUAAGAACAAGGGCAGG